AUGUCGCUCGCUGCUGAAAUCAAAGAUCUCACGUACCAAUUCCCCGAAACCGAACAGGCUUCUUUAUGGAACAUUGACCUCGCAGUUCCCUGGAACACGCGGACGCUUGUGGUUGGGUCGAACGGCGCAGGCAAGUCGACACUCCUGAAGCUGCUGAGCGGCAAAAACCUGUGCCUGACUGGCCACAUAAGAGUUAAUGGCCUCGACCCGUUCAGCCCAUACUCAAUGCACAAGAACGAGGCCGACGAGUGCCAGAUCACCACGUAUCUGGGCACGGAGUGGUGCCACAUGAGCUUCAUAAAUCGGGACAUCGGCGUCCAGGAGUUGCUCGACAGCAUUGGGUUCAAACACCAUCGCGAGCGCGGCGAAACGCUGAUCGACAUCCUCGACGUGAACGUCAAUUGGCGCAUGCACCGGCUGAGCGACGGCCAGAAGCGCCGUGUGCAGCUCACGAUGGGCUUGCUGAAGCCCUGGCGUCUACUGUUGCUCGACGAGGUCACCGUCGACCUCGACGUGCUGGCCCGGAGUCGUUUGCUCGCCUUUCUCGCGCACGAGACCCAGGUCCGCCGUUGCAGCAUCGUUUACGCAACCCACAUUUUCGACGGGCUCGCCGAAUGGCCCGACAAAGUCGUGCAUCUGCGCCACGGUCGUAUCGUUGAGCAAUUGUCGUGUGCGAACGACAUCAAAUUCGAUUCCCGAGCCGCUAAAAACGUGACGCUCGAUGCCAACGAUAACUCCGUCACCAUCGGCUACGCCAAGUCGCUUCACCCACUCGCGCUGGCCUGGCUGACCCAAGACGAAAACAAGCAAGACACCCAAUUCUGA